AUGGCCUCAACACCUACGAAAGACCAAGCAACAGGCUUGGACGACAAGCAUGGCCCCAUCGGCCAGAACGGUCUCGGCUACGCCGCUGUCUUCGGCCUCAAGACGGACGCGAACCUCAAGGGCCAAGAGUACAGCUGGUUAGGAAGCGUAUUCUACUUUGGCUACCUCCUGAUGGAGGUGCCAAACAUGUGGCUUAUCACCAAGCUGCCCAUCGGCAAGUACAUCGGCGUCUGUCUGUGGCUCUGGGGCGCGGCGGUCUGCCUAAUGGCAGCCUGCCACAACUUCGCCGGCCUGGCGACGAUUCGCUUCUUCCUUGGCAUAUUUGAGGCUGCGCUCCUGCCUUGCAUGAUGGUCAUCAACUCCAUGUGGUAUCGUCGAGAGGAACAGCCCUUACGGACCGCGCUCUGGUACAACACAUUCGCUGGUAUCUUCGGCGGUAUUCUUUCCUACGGAAUUGGCAACAUUCACGGAUCGCUCGCAACAUGGAAGUACAUCUUCCUCAUCUACGGGGCAGUCACCAUCCUUGCCGGCGCCCUCGUCUUUUUCGGAUUGCCCGAUCACCCUUCGAAAGCUUGGUUUUUCAACGAGGAGGAAAAGAGUCUCGUUAUGAUCCGUCUGGCAGAGAACCAGACUGGUGUGGACUUGCACAAGAGCUUCAAACCUCGCCAGAUCCUUGAGGUCUUUAAGGACCUCAAGUGCUAUUGCAUCUUUGUCUGUGCCUUUGCAUAUGCGAUCGCAAACGCUGGUGUCACCAACUUCAAUCCUUUGAUCAUCUCUGGAUACGGCUUCAGUCAGUCCAAGACAGUGCUGAUGGCGACUCCUCAGGCCGCUGUUGCCAUGGGGAGUCAGGCUAUCCUUACCGCAAUCACAUUCUGGGUGCCUAACAUGCGUUGCAUUUUCUGGAUCCUCUCUGCAUUCUGCGGACUGGCUGGGGCUGUUAUGGUGCACGUCCUCGAUGCUGCCACUCACCGCAAUGCUUCCCUCGCGGGCGUCUAUCUCAUGGGUUUCUACAACGUCCCGUGGGUUUUCAUGCUCAGCCUCUCAUCAUCGAACACCGGCGGCAGCGCCAAGAAGAGCUUCAUGGGCAUGGCUGUGGCUGUCAUUUACGCUGUCGGGAAUAUCGUUGGGCCUCAAUUCUUCUUGUCGUCACAAGCACCCAAGUAUCCUUUGGGUAUUGGCGCCAUGAUGUGCGCUUUUGUGGUGAUGGCGGCUAGUGGGGUAGCUUACUUCAUUCUCUGCGUGAUCGAAAACAAGGCUCGGGAUAGAAAGUAUGGCAAGCAGCACGACAACAUCGUGGCAGGCCUUGAGGCUGAGAGAGACGACCUCACCGACCGCCAGAACCACAACUUCAGGUAUACAUAUUAG